AUGAACUCGUGGGACGCGGGCCUGGCGGGGCUGCUGGUGGGCACGAUCGCCGUGUCGCUGCUGUCCAACGGGCUGGUGCUGCUCUGCCUCCUGCACAGCGCUGACAUCCGCCGCCAGGCGCCGGCGCUCUUCACCCUCAACCUCACGUGUGGCAACCUGCUGUGCACCGUGGUCAACAUGCCGCUAACCCUGGCCGGCGUCGUGGCACAGAGGCAGCCGGCCGGGGACCGCCUGUGCCGCCUGGCCGCCUUCCUCGACACCUUCCUGGCUGCCAACUCCAUGCUCAGCAUGGCCGCGCUCAGCAUCGACCGCUGGGUGGCCGUGGUCUUCCCGCUGAGCUACCGUGCCAAGAUGCGCCUCCGAGAUGCCGCGUUCAUGGUGGCCUACACGUGGCUGCACGCGCUCACCUUCCCAGCCACCGCGCUCGCCCUGUCCUGGCUCGGCUUCCACCAGCUCUACGCCUCUUGCACUCUGUGCAGCCGGCGGCCGGACGAGCGCCUGCGCUUUGCUGUCUUCACUAGCGCCUUCCACGCGCUCAGCUUCCUCCUCUCCUUCAUUGUGCUCUGUUUCACGUACCUCAAGGUGCUCAAGGUGGCCCGCUUCCACUGCAAGCGCAUCGACGUGAUCACCAUGCAGACGCUCGUGCUGUUGGUGGACAUCCAUCCCAGUGUGAGGGAACGCUGUCUGGAGGAACAGAAGCGGAGGCGACAGCGUGCCACCAAGAAGAUCAGCACCUUCAUAGGGACCUUUCUCGUGUGCUUUGCGCCCUACGUGAUCACCAGGCUGGUGGAACUCUUCUCCACUGCACCCAUUGGCUCCCACUGGGGCGUGCUGUCCAAGUGCUUGGCCUACAGCAAGGCUGCAUCUGACCCCUUCGUAUAUUCCCUGCUGCGACACCAGUACCGCAGGAGCUGCAAGGAGCUUCUGAACAGGCUCUUCAACAGACGCUCUAUCCGCUCUGUGGGCCUCACAGGUGACUCUCACAGCCAGAACAUUCUGCCAGUGUCAGAAUGAAGGACCACUCUCCGGUUUGAGGAAUUCAGAGUGAGGUGGCCAGAACGGAGGGAGGUGGUCUGGGACUCCUGGGUGGACAGUAACUGCCACCAUUGCCUGGUGACUGCAGUGAUGCUGAUGUCUGAACAAGUCCUAGAGCUCUUCCAGGGUAGAUUUCAGGCUGCCCCUGUUUGUCACCAAAGGAUGGCCAGAGGCCAUGCCCUGGCCUUUCUUUCUGAGAGCGUUUUGAGCAUUUACACUCAUCAAAGGCCUCCCCAAAAGAUGGCAGGCCGGUCACUGUCAAGUACAGAGUGCUGGUGGCAGGUGUGGGGCGUGAUACCCCGCAGUUUGCUAACUACUGGUCAUGGGGCUCCAUGCUCCAAGGGGCAUUUCAGUGAUGGGAAAAGUGAGGCUGACUUUGGCUGUCUGGCCCCAGAUCUAAUAUGGCACCUCUUUUCUACUUAGUAGUGUUUGCUGCUGUAACCCAAAUAUUAUCCAGCCGGUGCCAACUAUAUAAUGAUCAGCUGACACCCUUGGGCUCUGCACUCAAUGGGAAUGUGUUUAACAACCAGUUUGCUGCCUACCGGUUGUCUUAGAAAUGAUAAAUUGGAUUCAACUUUUUUUUUUUUUUUUUGUCCCUCUUCCAUCCAACAAACAAAUGUUUGCGUGUAUUGACAAUCUUAGCAUGAAAGUGGUCUCAAUAGACAGGUCAUAGAUAAUGUUAGAUUCUAUGAAAUCUGAGCAGGAAGUCACCUUCUUCUGAUUUGCAUGCCAUAGCUAUGGGAACCCAGUAAAGUGGGAAGAUGGUGGCUGCUCUGUCCUGCCUCCCCAUCCAGGAUCUGAGUUGGGAGAGAGGGAGUACUUCCUCUUGGCUUAGACAUCUUGCCCAUCAUAUCUUGUGAGGUAGUAGCGCAGUCUUAGUUUUCAGAUACUGGGUUCCAUUAUCCUGGCGGUUCAUUAUCCUGAUUCUGCAAUUGUGUCCUGAGAAAGCAGGGGCUGUCCAAGGUCACCAUGAAAGUGCUCUGGGCCACUGCCGAGAGAGUGCAAUUAGUAUAGGACGUUGUUCCCAUAAUAUACAUGCCAACCCGUUGGGAGCCAUUGUCGUAGUCUCAUUAAAAUCUAAGCUAAGGACCGGAGAAAUAGCUGAGCCAGGAAAGUGCUUACUGUACAAGCGCAAGGACCCGAGUCUAACCCCAAGAAUCCACACUAAAAGCACACUGGGCAUGGUGGCACGCACCUGCAAUCCUAGCACAGGAGAAGCAAGAGAGGCUGUUUGCUCCACAGGACUUAUUAGUCAGCCAAGACUUAGCUGAAUGGGUGAGUUACAGACCACGGGUGGACCUCAAAAAAGAGAUGAACAAUGUGGAUUGCAACUGAGAGACAACCCCUGAGGUUGACCUCUGGCCCAUGCAUACCAACACACACACACACACACGCACGGCCCAUGCCUUGAGACUACUCAGAGCAGUGUUUCUCAGCCCUGUGACUCCUCUGGGUGGAAAGGGUAGAGGGCCAUCAAGUCAGAAUAUCAUUAUCUCCUUUUAGCUCCACACAUCCUAGGCUCAGAAGGAUAGUGGGAACUCUCCACUAGAGACGAAAGGAUGAUUUCCCCUGCCUGGCAUUCCCAGCAGUUAACGGCAGAGAAAGGUCUGCUUGUCGGUUUGAGAAGACGGCCUAUCAUUAUUAACUCUUGGCAAUUCAUUUAGAAAACAACCCCGCCAGGCCUAGUGUUGACAGGCUUCAGGGUUUCCAUGGAGACCAGAAUGGAGACAGCUGUGUCAUGUAACGAGGCUUGAAUAUCUUCCCAUUGCUGGGCAAGGUAUGCUCACACCUGUCUUACCAGAGAAAAAAGAACCCAGACACUAGAGGGGGACUCCCCAGGACACUUGUUCGAUUUUGUACCCAGCUUUCCCCAGCCAGUCUUCUGGGGGAGUUGGUGAGGUACACCCCUCCCUCCUGUGAUGAGGGACGUCAUACAGGUAGCUUGAAAUUAGCCACGGUGGACAUUUUUAUAUACUCAGAAUACCUAAGUGUUAUACAUCAGGCCUUUCCCCCAGAGAGCUGGUUGUCAUCUGUCUACCAGCGCAACACUGCCACACAUUUGUUUCUCGAAUAAAACUGUCCUGGUUCAGAGUCCAUUUGACCCCAGAAGGACCAAGUCACAGCAAUCACUUCUAUCGGUUUCCUAGUGAUGAGCAGCUGUCUACCCUCUGUUGUCCCAACACUCAGAGUCCUAGGGAAGCUCCGGUCAAGCAGGGAGCUAAGGCAGCAUGCACAAAAUUAUUUCCCCUCUUUACACAAAUACUGCUGAAGUUGGGCAGAAGAGGAAUGCUGACCCAGGGGGUGAGGUCAAUAGACAAGCAAUGGUGAGUAGCGACACCCACUUUCCUGGGUAGGUUUGGAAGGAGAGUCAUCCACAAAUCCUUUCUCUGUUUGAUCUGCAUAGGCAACAGAUUGCAUCCUGAGUUGUAAGGAGAUCUCUCUGUCCCUUCCUUAGCCGAGAAGCAGGAUCAGCCACCCACGACACCACAUAUUCAGAAGGAUGUAUGCUGUAAUUUUCACUAUGCCUCUAAAGCAGCUCACCAUUUAAUAAAACCCGUAACUUUGGCAUCACGCCACUGACAGGAACCCCUGAUAAGGCCAUUGAUGAAGAGCUUUCAUUAUCACUUAGACACAGGCUUGAAAACCCAAGGGCAGUGAGGAGGAAGCGGCUCCACUGGCAAUCGGCACUAGCCAACCCUGCAGCAAUUGACUUCCCAUAAAUGUGUAUAGCCAGCUCUGCACAUCUCUGAAAUGUGUCCCCUGUGGUUUCUGCUCCCACUUGAGUGAUCUACCUCAUUCUGGUAAUUUAAUUAAUCAAACAACGUGUGGUUUUCUCAGGUAAGAGGCAUAAAAAAAGCAAGACUUCAUCCCCCAAGGCUAAAGGCCUCGUGGACUCACUUGACUCCUGCUAGUUCACUGAGUCACAGUCACUGCGCUUGCACUUGAGAGCCAGCAGCUGGGCAGGUGAAACCAUCUGUGAAGCUUGAGAGUAGACCCUACAGAGGAGAGGCCUACCAGAUCCCGAAUCCGCUCAGAGGACUCACUUCCUGUCUUAUACAUACUGUUCACCUUUUAUAAGCCCUUCUAGAAGGUCAGGACCUCAGGCUCCUUGGUUUGUUUCCCACUGUGCUUUCUUCCAGGACUCAGCUCAGGCCCCUGUCACUCUGAUCAAUGAACCUCUCACCUUGUGUUUGUGAGAGAUUUGUUUUCCUUUUUUCAUGUAUCUUUCUCCCAGAGAGACGGUAGACAGAGUAGAGCCAUGCGUGUGUACUGGUGGUCACCUGUUCCCAGGCCUUGGUGCACUGCAAGCACAUCUGUGCCUGGCUGUGAUAUGGCUGCUGGCUGAACCAACAGCUGUGUGCUGUCAGGAUUUGACGCUAACACAGGGUUAAGGAAGUUGCCUGCUUUUCCUGAGGAGACUCUAUAAGGUGCUAGAAGUCUCAUGGAUUAACUCAUAUCCUUGGGCCCAUGAACACCAUCGGGGAAGACCUGGAGGCUGUGAGGUUCCUGAGUCUGUGUCUUCCUGAGCAUCUAAGGGUUUGGAUGGAGACAGUGGCUCCUAAACUUCCCCAUCCCCAGUGUCACCAAGGGAGCUGUUCAAUAUGGACUCUAGAGUUCUCCCUUCAGAGGUGAAUUCAUGCAAGCUGGCAAGACUUGGGAUUCUACGGUCCAUAUAUGAUUCAUAUAUUGCUGUCCAGGCAGCAGACUCAGGAGAUCUUCCUGAUGGCCUUAAAUGUCUGGAUUAAAUGUCUAGAAACCCAAAUUUCAGACUGGGCCAGUGUUUCCUUUAACCUCUUUGAUGACCUAGGAAGUAGAUCCCGGUAAACAUCUUCACUUUGUAGAGACCCACACAGACUUGAAGGAAGAAGCCAAGCAAGGUAGUAGGCUCCAGAAGGGCUUGGUGGCUGUCAGUCCCCAUCAAUAUGCACCCCUCACUUCAGCACUUUCUCUUUUUUGCCACAAGUAUCUAGGGAAUCCUGAGGGGCAGUGCUCAACAGCCACCUCUGUCCUCAGCAGCGAUGGCUCACCUUCAGGAAUGCCACCUGAUUGCUGUUUUAGGUGUUGAGGGCUUCCUGUCAACCUGCACCUUCGGAAAACUUUGGGCCAUCAUCUCCAUGAGCGUCAGUAGCAAGCAGCAUUCCCCUGAGACCCAAGGGAGUCUUCUCCUGAGCAGCAGGACUCAGAUAGAGAUGAGGGGUGGAGCCUAUUAUGGAGAAGUUUGCUCUUACCGGUUCAGUGGAGGAAUUUGUGUGGGAGGAGCCUACUUUCCUAAGUUCCCCACCCUACUUGCCAGCUCCCAGUUUCUCCCAAGCUCCAGUGGCCUGUUGUGUUCUAGGGAACUAGGGAGCUCGCUUACUUUCUGUCUUUGCUCCUGGCCUGACCUAAGGAAGGGGGCAGGAACCACAGGUUUUUCUUGCCUUUCUUCAGAGGUUGCUGUGGACUUAAAGGACCCCUCAGCUCUUUGCUCAACCACAGAGUGAAGAUCAGGAGGGCUUGGUGUGGACACUUUAGGCAGUCAGCUUGCCAGGAGGGAGGAGCCGUGGGACCAACAGAAUGGACCUGUCCAAACUUCAGUGAUUUAGCAUUUUAUAAAGAGGAGCUUCAGGUAGUUUCGAUCAGCCUCACCCACACAUCACAAGUCAAGAACUAUGACGUGCCAGAGGUCCAGAGAAUGGGUUCCUGCAAUGACAUGCAGGUGACAAAACUGGAUUUGGAGCUGGGCGCAGUGGCUCACAAGCCCCUGUAAUCUCAGCACUCAGAAAGGCAGAGGCAGAUAGAUCUCUGUGAGUUUGAGGCCAGCCUGGUCUACAAAGCGAGUCCAGGACAGCCAACACUACACCAAGAAGCCCUGUCUCUAAAACAAAACAACUGGAUUUGACUCAAGGGCUGUGGGACUUCUCACCUGUCACUUUAUAGUUCUUAAGCCAGAGCCUCCUCUGCCAGGCCCCAGGGUAGAUAAGUGUCUAGGUGGGCCUAGUUUAAGGGUGUUGCUCAGUGCUGCUAACUAGAAUUCCUGGAAGACUUUUUGGCUUUGGGUCAGAACUGCUGGUACAGCCUGGCAUGAGACAUAGAUGUGGACCAUCCUGGUAAGGGUCCAGCAGGGUAGGGCUUAGUGCACAUCCUGGUGGGGACUCAGAAGUGGGCAGGGCCUCCUCAGACAAAGUGAAUAGCAUCUGUGGCCAAUGGGGUGGAUGUUUGUGAAGUCAGAACAAAAUUAGAAAAAAGAUGAAAGGAGGAAAAGUUCACAUGUAUUUAGCUAUCCAAAAAGAGAAGAAAGAAAGAAAACUCAGGAGGAGAGAAAGGAAAAAAGAGAAAGGAAGGACAGAGAGGGGAAAGACAAAAGGUAUUAUAUUUAUUUUGAGGGGAUUGACAUGUGUUCAUUUUUAAUUCAAUAUGUUAUUGACUCACCACCUGUUCUUUCCUUCCAAUCUCUUCCAUCCCUCCCCAACACAAGCUCUCCCUCCCAACUUCAUGUACCUUUUUUAUUUUUUAAAUCCACUGAGUUCAGUUGGUGUUGCUGGUACGUGUCAGGGUAUAGAGUUACCUGCCGAGGCACUGGCAAACUACCCAGGGCCAGACCUCAGAAGAAAACAGACAUUUCUCCCCCAGCACCCAUCACUGCCAACAGCUCCUCAGCAGAGUGGGACUUUGUGACGCCCUCCCCCACCCACCUAGGAAUUUUGACUGGCUUGGUCUUACGCAGGUCUUGUGCAUGCAGCCACAGCCACUGUGAGUGAGCGCCAUGUCCAGAAGACAUCUUUUUUGCUGCAGUCCCCCCAACCUCUGGAUCUGACAGUCUUUCCACUGCCUCUUCAGUGAUGGUCCCUGAGCUUUGGUGAAGGAGUCGUAAUACAGAUGUCUUAUUUAGGGGUGAAUACUUUAGGGUUUCUUACUAUCUGUGGUCCAAUCAGUUGUGGAUCUCUAUAUUAAACUCUAUUUACUGCAAAAAAAAAAAAAAAAUUCCUCUGAGGGUAUGAAGGCGCAAGGAAGUGAGGUCCUAAGACCAACGUUUCGUUACAUAUAUAUAUUUCUUUGAGAAUGUUAUAUAAUCUACUUUGAUCAUAGUCAGCCACAACUCCUCUCUUAACCUCUCCUAAACUACCCCCCCCCAUUUUGUGUCCACUUAAAGUUUUCUUUUUAAAUACUUAUCAACUCCAAUUUGGGUUGUUCACUACUUUUAGGUAUGAUACCAUUCCCUGGAGCUUGGGGCACCAUGCUUAAAUACAAACUGACCCUGCUCCUCCAGAAGCUAUAAACUGUCCAGGCUUCCUCAGUUAGGGCUGAGAACUUAUGAACACCACCCCCCGCCAUGCUAGAAUGCUGCUGACUGGCUUGAUCUCCCCGCAGGCAGUCACAGCUGCUGCAGGUUCAUAAGCACAGCAGUUCUCAUGUCCAGAAGACACAAAGGUUUCAGACUGACUCCCCUCAGCCUCCGGCUCUUAAAUAUUUCUGUCCCCUCUUCCAUGAUGGUCCAUGGGCCUUGUUGCUGUGGGUAAGAGUGUGUGUAUGUGUGUGUGAGUGUGUGUGUGUGUGUGUGUGCAUGUGUGUGUGAUAUAGAUGUCCUAUUUGUGGCUGAGCACUCCAGUCACUUAUUCUCUGCACUUUGGCUAGUUGUGAGUUUCUCCAUUAACCGCCCUCCACUGUACAAAAUUAAAAGAAAACAAAAACCUUCUCUGAUGAGGUUUAAAAGCUGCACCAACCUAUGGGCAGAGAGAUAUAAAUUUAGGGGGCAGUUUAAUGCUGUCUCCAUUUAUCAAAAUAAUAGCAUGAAUAUAUAAAUUAACACAUUUGCUGCCAGAGCCUGUGAGCUCCCUAACUAUGGAUUCUUGAGUAGAUUUGCAGUACCAGGCAUGUGUUCCCUCCUUCAAUCCAAUCAGAAAAUAAUCAUUUAUUAUUUGUGCCAUAACAUUUGUGCCACUAUUGUACCCAUGGGCAAAUCUUGCUGUGUUGGUCUUUACUGUAGUUUCCAAGGUUCACAGUUAGCUAAGACUGUGAAUGACUUUUUCCCAAGCAGCCUGCAAUAGCACUUUCCAUUACUAUGAGAGUUGGCCAGCAAGGGAGGAAGCUUCCUGGUCAGUACUGACUUCAUCACAUCCUGUGACUAACGUGUACAGUAUCUUCAGCAAUAAGAUCAUAUUAUCAAGUUGAGGGGUACAACUAAGCCAACACUUAUUCUUGAUGACAGUGUUGAUUCCUUUGUUAGUUAGCUAUAUAUUUACUUACUUGUUUAUUUUCAAGACAGGUUGUCCCCGGUGGCCUUUAACUCACCAUGUAGCCCGUACUUGCCUCAGAUUUGCAGCAGAUCUUAUAGUGAUAAGCAAUCCCCGUGCCUCAGCCUCCUGAGUGCUGGUGUUACAGGCAUGAACCACCAAACAUAACUACAAUUCAGUCCCAAGAAACUAAGUCCAGGCACGUUUUCCCAGGGUGCCUCCUCUGAGGAUAUCCUGAGGGGGGACAAAUGUGUGUCUUUGUUUUAUGUAGGAGAGUGUUAGACAGGGAAAGGUCUGCUACCAGUCCCCAGGAGCAACGAAAGAGUUAACACAGCAGGGGCAGCCAUGGGGUUGUCUUCACACUUCUUAGGCAUUCCCCAUUCUCCCCUCCCUUGGGGGGGGGGUGCACAGUUCCUUCUUGCAGUGUGUCAUGUAAAUACAUACAUACUUCACAUGUAAAGGUCAAGAAUAAAUUCAGUAGCAGCAGAGCUCUGUUCUAUCAUGCACAGCCACAUUUAAGGAUUUUUAAGGCCAUUGAUAUUCUAUCGUCAAAAGCCUGUGUAUACACCUUGGAUGAGUGUGCUCUUAGGAACAUGGAGACAUGACAUUUCCCAUGCCCCCUCUCACAUGCCCAGUAAGUCUGAAUAGUCACCGUUAUACUUAUUCCCUAGUAUGGAAGAAGAGCCCAUGAUAUGGUGGCUUCAAAGGGCCUAGAAUUGCUGUUUGAAGACAGGCAGUCUCAGGCUUCAGCUGCACUCCAUAAUAGCCAAAAAGAACAGGUUUGGGGUAGAGAGCACAUCAGAUGCCAUCACAAUGAUAUUUCUGCAGUGUGCCUGGGUGACUGGAAUCAGGUCAUAGUAAUUGCUCAGGGCUGGCUAAAAUUCCCCAACCCCCAGUCCCCAAAUAACAGCUUUCCAUUGCCCUCCUUCAGCUGCUCUGUUGCCAAACCUUUGCUUGAAUUAUUAAUAGCAACCAACCCGCCCUGCUCAAGAAAGCUCUGAAUGCCAAGUUUCCUUGCAAACUGAAAUUAUUCCAAACUUCAGCAAUCCUGUUCUACAAGAAAUGUAUAAACACAGUCCCUGCUAGAGCACAGGGGCACUCACAGGAUCUGGUGCCCCGCCAACCUCAUCAGGGCCUCACAGAAAAACCAGUUGCUCUGAGUUGUAAACAGUAAUCAAAAGGUACCAUGCCUUGCCCUCCCUGCCAUCUGGGGGUUGGAUCACGGUCCUUGCUAAGGCACCUCUGGGGAGAAGGAAUUGAAACCUUGCCUUCUGAAGUACGCUUCUCAUUUGAUGAGGAUGUAAAUCUCCCUCUGGUGUUAUGUCCUGUUGUAGAGAAUGACAACAGGCACUAUCAGCCAUGUCCAUCCUCCCUCCCUCCUUGAUUCCCUCCUUCUCUUCUUCCCUCCCUCCCCAGUAUCCAGUAGAAGGUGCAUCACUUCCUGCAGGUGAGAGGAGAAUUGGUUGAGGGCCACCCCUAGCAUGCCAUCCUGGAGGCUCCAGGUUACUUUUUUACACUCCUGCUUUUUCAUACUGUUUUUGCUGUCUGCAAAGGAAGGUGAGGAGACGCAUGUCAUCCAUACCUGGAGGCAUCCAGAAAGUGGCCAGUAGAUGACAUAAAGGUCCCCAGGGCAAGGAAACAUCAAGUGUGUCCAGCAAGGCUAAGGCUAGAAUUCUACAAGGAAAGAAAAGCACUUUAUAUCUUAACAUCUCAAGAACACUAGGAUUUAGGAAAAUAAAAGACAUUUCUGGCGACACUUGAUUGGUUUUUACAGUGUUGCAGUUCCUCGCUAGCAGAUUCCUAAGAAAGUGGACGGAAACAAUGCUCCUCCAAUCGGUGUGCAUGUCCGCAAGUUUGUACUACAUAAGGCAAGAGUUCAACACGAGCAGCCGAAUGCCAAGCACCAGGCAAAGAAAGCAAAAGCUUAGUGUCUUAUGUCAUUGUAGUGUUAACUUGGCUUUCUAAUUUAAUGAACAGAACUAUGGCUCCAUUUAUUAUUAAAUCACUAUAUAUAUAUCACUACUAGCUCUCCCAACGUGGCAACAUUUCCUUCCCUGUGACACACCUGCCAACAGCUGUGUUCCGCUGAAACAGGACUCAAGAGAUUUGGAUCCAAGGCCAGUGCUGCCUGCUCUGUUUACAACGGCUUGUGUUUUGUGAAUAUAUAUAUCAAAUGUUGUAAUAUAUUUUUAUGAUAGAAUUGGUGGUUAAUACAAGGAAAUAUAUAUAUAUAUAUUGUGAUUCUGUCCAAUAAAAAUUCCUGUUAUAAAAUUUCACCUCUA